CAAACGGUAACUUCCGGUUUAUAAAAAUGAGUGAAAAUCAACAAAGUCAAGUUGUUUUGCUGCAAAAUGCUCUAAAGGCGACGAAAGAACUUAGGACAAGCGUUCAAAAUGUUUUUGGAAAACUCUGCGAUGGAAUGGAGGACGGAGAAGACCAGGAAAAGACUUUAUUGAACGACUUGCAGCAAAGUUUGAUGAAAGUCAACACUGAUCUUGGAGAACUGGAGAAGAUGGGGAGCAGUAUUCAGGGUGGAUCUCAACUGGUUAUUGGCAAUACAUCGUAUCUUAGUCUAGACCCUGUGGUAGAUAAAACUCCAGCAUAUACGCAACUUUUACAGUCUUAUAAAUGGUCAAAUAAGGUAUCAGAACAUGCUGGCUUUGCUCAUGCACUAUUGCACCAGAAUUCAUUAAAAAGGUCUCAUCUGCCAUCAUCGGGCCAAGCAAAGAGGCUACGUAAACAUCCACCAACAAUUCAUACUGUACCAGAAAAAGUUGUGGAUACCUUAGUUGCUAAUUUGGACCAAAUGUUUCCGGACAUGUCCUUGACCCUGAGUAGACCUCUGGGGGCUAGUGGUAUUAUACAGGUCACACUAAGUAGGACGUUAAAGGCAGUGGUGGUACUAAGGGGUCUACUUAUAGAGUCUGUGAUUGUCAGGGGCUAUGGGGAGGAAAUGUACAAGGAAAAUGGAAAGUUGGACAUUUGGAGAAAAUCUAAACAUGCAGUUUUUAACAAGAUCACGGAGAAUGCCAGUGCUGCCAUGCUGCACUUCUAUGCCCCUCUAAUGGCUGAUAUCGCAGUAAAAUCAUUCCUUACAUGGCUUCAUAGCUACAAGAAGUUAUUCUCAACACUAUGUGUAAAAUGUAACAAAUAUUUAGUAGACAAUCUACCUCCAACUUGGAGAGAUUUGCGGAAUUUAGAUCCUUAUCAUGAGAGUUGCAGACCUUGAAACUGUAUACAUAACAGUAAUAAUUGACCAGUAUGUACUGGAAAAUACCAUGGCUGGUGUGGUGACUGGUGAGAGACAUUUGCAAGAUUUGAUACAAAGGGAUAGUCAAAUUAGGUUUACUUCAUAUUUGUUGCGGUUUGAUAACAAGUAACCGUUGGACCGCAAUGACAGCAUGAAAGACUGCAUUAAGUGUAUUAAUAAAAGAUGAACUCAAAAGGUGGCUUUUUGUUGCCAAUGUGAGGUUUGUUGUAUGGGACGAGAUUCUACCCUGAAUUCUACCUUAGAUUCUACCCGCUUUACCCACUGACCAUGACAAAUGAUUUACCAGUAAAGGUUUUACUGUUCAUAAGAGGAUCUCAAAUUAAAUGUAAAUUCCAAUGUUAAUAACUGGCAGCUACAAAAUCAAAACUGAAUUUGGAUUCUCAAUAAAUAAAUGUGGUUCUGUGCAAUUAUAUGGUUGCCAUCUUUAUAAUGAAUGGAAGUCAUUAACAGAGCGAGAAAGCAUCAUACUAAUUCUCUACUAUGUGAUCAUAUGAACAACAUGAAUCUGCAAUUGUGCUGUAUGGCAUAAUCUGUAUACUUUAAUAAGAAAAAUACAAAAACAAAGAAUUAAAAUAUUAUAUUUUUGUUCCAUUUAUUGUAAACUAUGUGUGUAUAAAUAUAAAUGUAUAGUAGGUUAUAGGAACAUCAACAAAAACUAAUCUAAAAACUAAAAAAUAAUCCCAU